AGCUCGUGAUAGACUGGGAAGUAAAGCCCUAGAAAAAAGAUCAGAGAAUAACCUAAUCCCCUUGAUUGAUCAAUCGGACGAUCCAAUCUUACACAUUUCGGUGUAUUUUGAUUGCAAAUAUCAGAUAUGUUUAAAAUUGCAACGACGUUCUGCAAAAGGAUAAGCGUGAAGGAGCUUGUUACCAGCGCUCCUGUCUACUGCACAAUCACGGAUGAGUCUUCUUCCGGCUUAAGUUUGAUGCUUAAGAGAUGGGCUAGUAAAAAGACUGCCGGAUCAACUAAGAAUGGAAGAGACUCAAAACCCAAGAAUCUUGGGGUGAAGAAAUUUGGCGGCGAGAGGGUGAUUCCUGGAAACAUUAUAGUCCGCCAGCGAGGAACUCGUUUCCAUCCCGGAAACUACGUUGGGAUCGGGAAAGAUCACACUCUCUAUGCUCUCAAGGAAGGGUGUGUGAAAUUCAAGACGCAUAAGCUUAGUGGGCGCAAAUGGGUACAUAUUGAACCGAAGGAAGGACAUGUCCUUCACCCUCUUUAUGCAACUGCUGCUUCAGGAGAGCCGAAGACGGCCACAUAAGGUUUGUUCCAUAGUUUGUUUAGGCAAUCAAGUUUGUGUUUUCCGUGAUUAUCUUGGAUAAUAUUCGACUAUCAAUUGUAUGAGAAUUUUGGGAGAUGCAAAUUAAAAGAACCAUGAGUUUUGCUCCCCUAUGUUUUGAUUAUCACAUGGUU